ACGCUGAGUUUUGGUUUGUUUUAGUUACAAGAUUCGCAAAAACGAUUUGGGAAAUCAGCUCAAUUAAGUUGCAACUGAACGGAUUGGAGCGCUUCAAACGCAGUGCGUUCAAAACAAUCGCAGCAUGUGGCCGCAAACGCUGGAAAUGUCCCGCGACGAGUGUCGGGGUAUGCUGCGUCGACUUGAACUCGAAUCGUAUUCUCAUCUCGUAAGCGUUUUUCGCGCCCAAGGCUCGCUCAGCGAACCAAAAGCCAAACUGCUCGAGGAGUUGCGCCAAAUGUUUCACAUAACCCAGGAGCGUCAUCGCGCCGAGGUGCGACGUGCCACCAACGACGAGCAACUCUGCACCAUUGCCGAAAAUGUCUGCGGACCGAACACAUGGCAGGAAUGGUCACGGGAAGGUCGUCGUCCAUAUCCCCUUCUGCCUCGCAUAAGUCCCCAGACCGCAUUGGCGAUUGUGGCCAACGAUUUGGCGGCGAAAGCCUAUGCGGAAAAUGCUAAACUUUCUGCGCCGGGCGAAACUGGCGCUAGUUAUAGCGAUGCUCUAUUGGACCAGGCCACCUAUUCGCAUCUAAGGCAUGGCAUGAACAAACGACAGGAGCCACAUGUGGUCAUGGAUGAGCCGUUCAAGGUACCCGAUUUGCCCAGCGAAAUAAAGAAGGCGACCCUGAAGCGAAAAGAGAACGAUGCGGGCGACGCGAAACCGAACAAAAGGCGCAGCACACAUCAUGAUAAACAGCACGGUCAGACGCAACAGUUGUCGUCGUCCCAACUAAGUGCUGGUGGCAAGGACGAAGACGGUCAGAUGGCGCCGCUUGAACAGCGUCCCAGCGCCCGUACGCUGCAGCAGCGGUAUUUCUAUCAGCAACAGCAGAAACACAAGCAGCGAAUGGCCAGCAAAAAGGGGCCCAGCAAUAGAUUGGGUGCCAACAGCGGCGUCGCUGGUGUCGGCGCCAACACGAAGCCUGCAAAGAGCGGCAGGCGACGGGCACAGAAACAGCUGCAACAGCAGAUGCAACAGAAACAGCAACAACAACAGCAACAAGAACAACAUCAGCAACAGUUGCCACAUCAGCAACAUAAAGUAUUAUUGCCGUUGGGGCCACCACCGCCAGCAGGAGAAUCACCAGCGACAGCACAUCCGAAUGCCAAUCAUCUAGUGCAGCCGCACGUGGAAUACAUACUCGACGAGGCACUCAAAUCGGUGGCUGCCACCAAACUGAAGACGAUACCCGCUGCACGCGUUGUCUACGGACCGCCCGAGGUGCUCUCGCCAACAUCGACGCGUGCGUUCAUAAACUCACCCAUUGUCUUCAAGGAAAAGUUGUCGCCGACACCGCAAGCAGUUGCCGUACCCGUUUCCGUACCCUUGCCCGUGCUGCAGCAACAGUUGAGCACUCCGGUUAAGAAAUACAUUGUUGAGGAGCGUCAGUCGAUUGUCGUUGGUGGCAGUCAGUCUGUUGCUGCUGCUACAACUGCACCUGCCAAUGUGUCAACGGCCAAUCUGCCACUGGCACCGCAAAUAAUAAGCGUGCAACAGAUUGCGGCGCCCCCAAAACUGCGUACAACAUCAACAGCAAGCGGCAGCGGCACAACCACCACCACCACCAUACUGCCAACGGGCACAAAGCUGACGCCCAAGAAAAUCAAUCUGCUCGACAAACAUCAGUUGCCCUCCAUGCCCAACACGGCAUCGGUGCGCAUUCUGCCUAUCGAACAGCAGCAGACAGCUCCAAUUUCCAUCCCAGCGCCAUCUAUUAGCAAUCUCACGAGCAGCAAAUCGCCAGCAACGGCGGCAACGGUGCAAAAGUACAUUGUGGACGAUCGUGUGCCUAGCCAGGGACAGAGCAUUACGACGCCGUUGAGCAGCAGCGCCUCUGCUGUGAACAUUAUUAAGAAUAUACCGGCCAGCAGUUUGAACAACACGCUGAUUACACCACUCAGUAGCGCGACGGUGACGCUGCCAGUAGCGACGCCUCUAUUUCGCAAGGCAUCUGCGACAACAACAGCAGCAACAACAACAGCAGCAGGAGGUGGAUCACUAUCGACGCCACAGAUACUGGGUAACAUAAAGCUGACAAGCGGCAGCGCCAUCAAACAUGUGCCCAGCAGUGCACUGCGCAACAUUAAGAUCUGUUCGCCCAAUGGAAAGGUGUUCCUGCAGCCCGCCAAGCUGCACGCCGGCAGCAUAAUACACAAACUGAACACGACGAAUGUGGGAGCAGCGGGCAGUGGCGGUGUCACUGUGAGCAGUGCCAAUCUGUCGCCGACGGUCAGUGUCACGCCUACAUCGCCACAAUCGUCGCCGCAGCGAAUAACGAUACAGAAGAUGCAACUGCUGACGUCCACACAAAUGAUGUCGAGUGCCGGUGGAAGUGUCGUCUCCAGCUCCAGCAUUGCGAGUGGCCAAGGUGCCAAGGUCAAACCCACCACGCUGACCCUGAGUUCAACUGGUGUUGGCAAGAAUAAUUUGGUAUUUCUGCCCACGAGCGGAAUGCGAGCAGUGACACUGGCCUCCAGCAAGCCCAAGUCUGGCGCUGAGCUGCUUGCAGCCAAGCCCAAUGUGCUCGUCAUAGGUCCAUCCUCGUCCGCCAAUGUGGCCAAUAAUGCACCACAGGCACCGCAGGUUACAACACCAACGUCCAUCUUGGGUAAGACGAAGGCGCAUCAACUCAUCACGGAGGAUACACCCAUCGAUAUUAUCAACAUGCCCAUCAUUGUGGCCGACAAUGGGACAACGGAGACGACGAAGACGACAGUUAAAGCGGCGCCGAUGAUGGUGCUGAAUGCAACCGACUGGGAAAUGGAACUGGAUCAGGCAUCCAAGGCGACAGCCGUUACGACAACAACACCCACAACAACAAUUAGUAACGAUUCAAAGGGGAAGCAGUCGCUGGAUGAUGCCAUCAUGGAGCACAUAGUGGAGGAGCUAAAAGAUUCCAACACGCAGCUCAAACACCGGAUAAUUGAACUGCACGACGAUGCCGAUGGUGCCAUUGAGUAUAUGGACAUGGAAUUGGAGCAGCCCAUUGAAAUCGAGUGCACCAGCAACAUAUCGCCAGAUUCAAUGACCGGUAAUGCAACAAGAAGAACAACCACAACAACCACAUCGCUCAAGGCAACCAUUGUGCCACCUCUGGUGCAGGAGCAGAAGAAACUGGUUGAGGCAACAACAACAACAGCAGCAACAGGAGCAGCAGCAGGAGCAGCAGCAGCAGCAGAAUCGACAACGAUGAAGGCGACAACGUUUUAGUGUUCAUUUCUGUCAUUUCGCGAUUAGUUUUUGAAUUUGACAUUUUGGUUGCUCAUUGACGGAUCGGUUUUAGGAAAGCACAAAAGCAACAAAAACAUAUACAUACACAGACCCGGUUUAAUUUAGAAUUAGUUAUUAGCUUAGUGCCGUGCAACAUUAUCAUUAUAUUGUAUAUGUAUAUGUUCAUGAAAAUAUUUGUGAGAAUCACUUGAAGAAUAUCGAUCAUGUGCUUUGCCUUUGGCUUUGGCUUUGGCUUAGGCUGUGGCUUGGCUUCAAAUUAGAUUAUCGGACUCGGACCUUGUUUAGCGCAGUUUUUUGUAUCGCCCAACAAAAUGAUAUUUUGUUGACAUCUCCAAGCUGCCACCAUCGAAAUACCUUAAUAUUUGUGUACAUUGUAAAUAUCAUUUAGUUAAGCGUUUUAAAUCAAACAAAAAAAAGAAGAAAACAGGAGAAAGUCAUAAGUGAAAGUGUGUUUUUAAUGAGAUUAUAGUUUUUAGUUAUUUCUUACGUAUGGCCGCUAAAAUUACAAUCAAUGUAAAUAUUAAAAACAAAAGAAAAAAGAAAAAAACAAAACAAAAAAAAACCCGUUGAAGAAUUUCAAUAAAUGCUUAGAGUCAGUCAUAACAAUUCGUAUGUAAAUUGUACACUGUAAAGAAGAGUAAUAGUUGAAAUAAGUUACACGGAACAAAUUGAUAGAGAAGUAAAAAUUGUAUACACACAUCCAGAUCAACAUCCACAUCCAGAUCAACAUCCACAUCCAGAUCAACAUCCACAUCCAAACUUGCGCAUAAAUAUAUAUAUAUAUACAUUUCUAACUACUACUAACUGGCAAUUUAGGUGUUAAGUAUUUUAUGCAUCGAUUUUGUAAAUCUAAAUCAUCAAGAAUGUUGUAAUUUUUUAGAGAAGAAUUAAGAAGCGCAAUCGAAGCGAACCACCAGGAGGUAAACAAAAUGUAAUGUAAAAUACAAAAUAUUGUUAAACAAUGCCUGCAGCUGUAAAACUUUUAACAUACAAAUUGUAAAUGAAAUAAAUAUAAAUGUAAACAAAA